AUGUGUCUCGUACGAACGUUCCUCACACAGUUUUUGUCCGUCCAGCUCGAGGGAAUUUCUGUGCAAUUUGAUAGCGUACAAACGGGGAGAGUGACAUGCACUAUUACUGGUGUGGCACCUGGAGAGCCUGGCGAAAAUAGCGUGGAUUCGAAAAUAGCGUGGAUUCAGAAUCAGUGUGGAAAUGCAGAACCCCUAUGCCUAAUCACAACCCCUGCGUGUACAGUCUAUGCGUAUCAUGGGUGA